GGUAAAGAUCCCAAGGCAUCGCUAUCACCCUGUGAACGCCUCCCCAGAGCCCAAAACAGGACACUAUCUUCUGCCUCCCAAUUUCCUAUGGCUGUUUUUAGCUGGGUGUGGUAUGCCUCACUUCCUGUCCCAAACCGCAGGGCAGCAUUGCUGUGUGGUUACUAACCUGCCACCACAUCCUACUCUGUCUUUCCGUCUUUAAUGUUGCCAGUUCUCACAAUUGUUCAAUCUUGCAAUAGGUGUUAUUUUUACAUAAGUCUCAGCUGCUGGAUUCGUGUGAAUACAGGAGAAUCCCAACUGUCACUUAAUUUUUUGUAAAAGGUGAAUGAAAGAGUAGUUGUAUGCCAUGGCCAUGGCAUUAAGGUGGCUCCGUCAGCUACCUCCCCUGCUUCAUAAUUCUUCCUCGGGACUAGUAAGGCCACCCCUACGAGUACCUUUGAGGCAUACAGCCCUGAUGCUGAAUGGCUGCAGGCAGUGUGUGGUCCACCAGACAAUGCUGACCAGACAUCUAGCUACCAAGAAAGCCAAAGCUAAAGGGAAAGGGCAGACCCAAGCCAGAGUGAAUAUCAAUGCUGCCUUAGUUGAAGAUAUUGUCAGUCUAGGGGAGGUAAAUGGCGAAAUGCAGGCAGUGGUGGAAGCCCUUCAGGAAGAAUUUGGGAAAAAUCUCACUAUAAGAACCUCACCAGGUGCUCUUGAUCAUAUAACUGUGACAACAAAAGAUGGAAAGUUUCCAUUAAACCAGCUUGGACAAAUCUCGCUGAAAUCUCCUCAGCUCAUUAUAGUAAAUAUGGCUAGUUUUCCAGAGAAUACAGCUGCAGCUAUCAAGGCUAUAAGGGAGAGUGGAAUGAACCUGAACCCGGAAGUAGAUGGAAUAAUAAUUCGGGUGCCAGUUCCUAAAUCCAGCAAAUGGCAGACGACACUGCAGCAGAGAUGGACAAGCUCCUGGCAGGGAAGACCAAGGAGCUCCUUGGCUGACUGCAGCUUGGACAGACACACAGUCAGCAGUGACUAUGGACUGCAGAGAACCACGGACCAAAUGUUCCAUGCUCGGUCGUAGCAGCUUAGUGUGACUGUCAGGGCAGACUGGGUCAUACCUCAUGAAUAGAGUUAUGCUGUGAUUACUCAGGGGAUUGGCCCAUGAUCAUUGUUGGGGGUGGGGGAAUCUAGUCUGUAUUUCAUUGAUUCAAGCAAUGUCAACUGAAUGUGGAUAAAAGAAGGUUAAGAGGAACUGAGGAAUGGCUCAUAGUUGUCAACCUUCACCAUGGCAGCAGCCUCUCUCUGCCACUGGCAUUAAAGCACUGAGCGGUGGGGUGCUCCGAUUAGUGAACGUUUGUCCCCUUUGCAGAUCUUUCUUACGCUUCCUGCCAUGACAUUCCCACUUAGGGCCUGUCUACACUAGGGUCAGUUUCUCUGGUGUAACUAUAUCAGUGUUGCUAACCAGGUAUAGACAGGGCCUUAAAGUCAAUAGCAGCAAGCAGGGCCACCUGGCCAUAAAGCCUGCCCUUCUGCAGGUGUCUCCCUCAAGCAGCUUGGCUGAAACUCAUGCAUUGGACAAGGGCACUGUAUAGAUUUGUCCCAAUGGAACAGGAGUGCUCAAAAAACAGGGCUUUCACCAGCUAGAGUCCAGCCACACUGAGCAGAAGGUUGGUCUCGCAGGAUCUGCCUUUCAGAGAAGGCCCCGUGUACCUCUCAAUUCUGAAGUCUCUGCCUAGAGCCUUCCCAGGCUCCUUUGGGUUCCAGCUACCCCUAACCAUAAUGCUGGGGAAGAAAGGGAAACUCACAUGUUCAUUGCCCUGCUGGGAACCAGGUCAUUUGUUUUCAGCUAAAAUAAAAUCAAACGGAGAUGUUAAAAAACAGACCAGGCAGUUCCCUGUUACUCCAUCCCCUUCCCUUUGCAGGAGAGUUUACGUACCGCUCACCUGCAGCCUGGCCCCUGUUCACACAAAGGCUCCCAGCACGGUGUGUCGGACGGGUUGCAGCACACCUGGCAGAGCAGCCCAAAUCUCCUAGUGGCUGAAUGAGGCUGCAGUUACGUCUAGCAAAACCACAAAGCUCAGUGGCUUGCGUGACGCACGUUGAUGGGCUCAGGCCAAUCCGCAGUGGACCAGUGUGCACAUCAGGUGCAGGUUGCGGGGGGAACAGCGCGGUGAGCCUCAUGUUUGUUGGCACCCUUAGCAGAGAGGCCAAGGAGACUGGAUGACUCUGUACCCGUUCAGGCAUAGAGAGAGUCACGCUGGGAGGGGUGGGGCAGGGAGGAGGGUAUUUCUGUUGCCCAGGCUGUAGCAGUUUCAUGGAUACAGAGAAGAUUUGAAACUCCCGAGCUGUCAAUCCAGCAGCUUUGGCCAGCACUAAUCUCACCUAUCGAGAACUCAAAAGCACAGCGCUAGACGCCUCCUGAAAGCUACAUUCUGGCCCCCAGCCUGACUGCAGGGUCUCAGUUUCCAAUGGGAAUCAUGUGCAUGGUUUGGGGCACCGGGGGAGCAGAACUUGCUCUAAGUGCUGGAUGCUUUGUAGCAGCUCCCUGCCCCUCAUUAUCGGCAGGUACAUCCCAAGAACACAGUUUAUCUUUAUAAACAGAGGAAAUGAUGAAUUGGGGAGUAACCCUGCUCCAAAGGCCGUUUGGUUCUGAGCAGCGCCGAGUUCUCUGUAGUCUCUAAAUAAACAACCAAAAAAAAAGAAAGUUAUUUUGUGCACAGACCAGGGGGCGGGGGCGGGAAUGAAAGAUUUUCUACACUUGGGCCCCACAUGUCAACAAUUUCUCUGCUUUGUGUAUUUUGGCCAAAAGCGUCUAUCAUGAUAAAUGAAUAAAGGAAAAUGGUAAGCCCAA